UGUUAAUUUCGAAACUCCCUGCCAGAACUCGCGUUCGGCGGAAUACAGACAGUUUCGUGCGGCAGCUGCGUUAAGAAAGGAAGAGCUUGGGGUUCUACCAAAAAAAAGAAAGUGGAAGAGGUUGGUGACUGCUGUUUCGGUUUCUACUCUGUGAGGCAGCGCGGAGAAGAAAGAAUUGAGGAUCCAGAGAACAAGAAUGGGGCUUCAAGAAAAAAAGGAAAACGCAAAAAAUGGAGGAAGUUCGAGCAAAGAGCUUUUGCGGCUGGAAAAGGAGGGUUCAGCCAUAGCCCGGUCGGCUCGCGAAUCUUCACUUCUCUUCUUUGGGAAAGAUUCGAGCGUUCAUCUAUCUAAAGCAGCUCCUUCCGAUGGGAAACUUACGACUGCUGCAGUUCCUGCUAGCCAAGUUUCUACCAGUGGCAUGUUUAUUAGGAUGGUAGUAGUAGCAGCGAGUCAGACUCGGAAGAUUCAAGCGAUGAUGAAUGUGAUACGGAAGGUGUUGAUGAUCAUGAUAGUGCAAGAAAUGACGAUAUCAGGAAAGACGCUUCAUCAAAUGACGCAUCAACGUUCAGCAGAGAUGGUUCAACUGGAGUUGUCAACAAGAGCCCAAAGAAGCAACCUAAAAUUAUUGAGAUGCUUUGAAUCCCAUUCCAAUAGGUAUUGAAUUUCGCUUUUUUGACAGUAAGUUUGCAAAUAUGAAUCUUUUGUGCCACCUGGUAACAACACCAUCACUUCUAAUCAUCUUCCUCGACCAUUCUGCUAGAAAAUUUCUG